ACUUCAGACACGUCCCACCUUCCCUUUGCUUUUUGCCUUGUAGUUAUCUGGCUUCUUCCCAAUUAUGGAUGUGGGUCUGUCUGUCUGUCCCCUGGAGUUAAGCAGCGAAGCGGGUGGGGGGGUGUAAUUUCAGAGGAAGAUGGUGAUUGGUGAUGAUGAUGCGGGGUAUUGAGUUCAAGAUCCGUGUCUGAAUGAAACUACGUUCGUUGUGAAAUCUAUGGCACUGGAGCACCGUACUAAUUCAAGAGCCUAAUACUGAAAGAUGCAUUUCUUUGAUGCUUUUCAGAAUUGGUUUUUUCCCCCUUCUACCUCUGUUUUGGCUUGGUCUCUUUUCUGAAGUUCAGAACCGGGAUCUGUGAGCUCUGACAUAUCUUUGGAAAUGUCAUCCAAACAGGAACCCAAGAAAUAUUUUUGGAAAUCAAACUAAUUCAACAGGAUCUGAAGGCCUCUUUUGCGUCUUUCUUUUUCUUUUUUACAAUCAUCAAAAAAACCACCUUGCAUUUAAUAUUUUAAGGGACCUGUGAAGUUUGUUUGUUUGUUUUUCCCUGUAAGGACAUUUGAGAGGAGAGAACAUUUCUAAUUCAAAUGUAUUUCAACCCAAAGGAAGGAAGGAUUCUGAAAUUUAAUUUUAUAAUAAAUAUUACAUGUGGAGUACAAUAUUGGCUUCAUCUUAAAUCUGGUCUCCAUCCUCUAUCAUAUACGAAGGAAGAGACGCUGGGAAGACAGAAAUACAUUUGAGAUCUAAGGACUCCCCCACACCUCCACCAAUGGAACUACACACAGUAAAGCAACUGGAUUCUAUAUAACACUGGCACUUACUAUUAUUGGCUGCUUUAAUUUUUGGGUGGGGAGGGGGACAUUUUGUCUUCUGCUUUCUUUUUAUCCCCCUCCCAGCACUCUGUUGUAGAGGAUGGCUCAUCCUGGGAUAAGAGAUUACAGUAACCAGGAGAUAGUGCUGAGGUACAUCCAUUACAAGCUGUCACAGAAAGGAUAUGACUGGGUUGCCAGCGGAGACAGAGAAAACGUUUCUUCUGCUGCUGGGACCUUUCCUGCCCUUGCUGGGCUGGUGUCUCUGCCUUCUGAGCUGCCUGGCUCUGCUGCUGUUAGUAACUUGGCUGCCACUGAACUACAUCCUGUACCCCAGGUUGUUCACUCCACAUUGUGCCAAGCUGGUGAUGAGUUUUCCCGGAGGUAUCGGAGGGACUUUGCCCAGAUGUCUGGCCAACUGCACUUGACCCCAGUCACUGCCAGAAGUCAUUUCAUGGCCGUUGUGGAAGAGCUGUUCCGAGAUGGAGUAAAUUGGGGAAGGAUUGUGGCAUUCUUUGAAUUUGGUGGCAUGCUGUGUGUGGAAAGUGUCAGUCGGGAGAUGUCACCUCUUGUGGACAGUAUUGCUGAAUGGAUGACUGAGUACAUGAACAGGCACCUGCACGAUUGGAUCCAGGACAAUGGAGGCUGGGAUGCCUUUGUGGAGCUGUACAGCAACAACAUCAGGCCUUUGUUUGAUUUGUCAUGGCUGCCUCUGAAGACGAUCCUUAGUCUAGCAGUUGUGGGGGCCUGCAUUACCCUGGGUGCUUACCUGGGACAUAAGUGACUUUGGACUUCAUCCAACUGGUGAUGGAUUGAUGGGAAGUCUUUGUUUCAAAAACUGAGAAAAGAGGAAUGUUGAAAGAAGAAAAUAAUAUGUGUUUUUCCCCCUUGUCGAAUAAUGCUAUUAUUUUAUGAGCCAAGUAUCUUUCUGUAUAAGUGUCUGGGUGUGUUUGGGUGUACACACACACACACACACACACACACAAAUAUAUAUGUAUUUGUGUGUAUACAUAAACACACACACACACACACA